GUUAUUACCAAGAUGUCAGCCUCCUGUUGCCGUUGAAUUGAGCAAGUGGUUGUUUACCGGUAACCAAGUUUAUUGAAACAGAAUGCCCAGAACUACGUAACUGCUUCUCUGUAAUUGAAAAAUGAGUCGCAAAAGAACACUUCUGCCAGAUAUAUACAAACACAAGAAAAAAUGUGUUCGACCAGCUCAGCCUGAAGAAAAUGGAGAUUUCAAUGAUAAUGCCCUCAUGAAUGGGUUGCCAACGGACACCGAAGCAUCACUACUUUAUCUGAAGAAUUUGUUUCCUGGGGACAAGUUUGAUGACCGUCUUCCACCAAUAAUUUUCAAACACCAGUUGUACAGUAUUGUGAAAAACAGGACGACAGUAGACAAGCAUGUGGGUGACCUCCGUAGCAGUGGGGAAAUCAAGGUGUUUAAACUGGGUGCUGAUGCCAACGACCUGUGUGUUGUGUUUGCUCAUGACUAUGAAACACACAUUCUCCACGUCAUGAAAGAUCUGCAUGUACAUAAUCAUAUAAUAGAAAAAUUCUUACGGGUUGUGAAAAACUGCAAUGAUGUGAGUCUUGACAAAGAUACUUUGAUGAAGGAUUUCCGCUUUAAAGAUGAAGAAAUCACGCAGCUUGUCAAGUCAUCAGUGUUGACAGUUCGAGAUGUUGGCAGCUGGUGGUUGUCCAUCCCUAACGCUGGUGUGUUCAUGAAGAACUUCAUGAGGGGAAGGAAGGCUCUGUUGACAAUGAUACGCAAAUGCAAAUACAGAGAAAUACUCCAACAGGAUCUUGAACAGAGGAAGUGGCCGAAGCUGGCUCGCCUUGGGAUCUUGUAUCACAUACAUGAUGUCAUCGGAGCUGACCUGGUCGAGAGUGUACACAGACAACGUCAGGGAACUUACUGAGACUGAAAGACUGAAUCUGCAAAAGAGAGUGUGUAGAACUGAAAACAUGAUGAUGAUGAUGAUGAUGAUGAUGAUGAUGAUGAUGAUGAUGAUGAUGAUGAACAAAGGAGUGCUAGAUGUACAGUUUUUGCUGACUUUUCUCUGUAAUGUCAAUAUUUUAAUUUGGAUUGUUAAAAUGUGCAUUUAGUUCUGUUCUAGUCAAGCCUUCCCUCCUAUAUACCUUGAUACUGGUAGAACACUGAGAGGCAGAGAAUGGGUACGUCAGUUCAACUGUUUUUAUUUGGCAUAUGUUGCAUCCUAAUGCUAUUCUUAACUGUUUGUAUUUAUUACUGUGGUGAGAAAUACUGAGAAACAUGUAUCAAGUGGUGCUUUUCUGUAGGGGUUUCACGAUACACUGCCCUCACGUGUCAAUUACUAUGACGAUACUUGAGUCAUUAUAAGUCACGGCACUUAACUUGUGCCAUUUCUCCCUGAGUUUCUCCAUGUUCCAUGUGGUUUGUCCAACAAGAGGUUAUCGCUGUCAGUCACAUUAUGUUUGGAAGGCUGGUUGUUCACGUUUGUUCUGAUUGAUUUAUUCAGUCUGAUUCCGCAUUUAUGUUUCUUGACAGGCAUUUCUUAACACAGCCCAAGUGUAUAUUGUGUAAAUAUUGAUUUGUGAAAGUCAUUAAUUUAGAAUGAAUCUUUGAGCCAAUUCACUUAGAGGUGUAUCACAUUGUAACAUCAGUGUUGAUGUGAUGAUACAUCAGUGUGAAUCGUGACACCCGCAUUAAUGUUCAUAGUAUGGACUUCCAUGAAUGAAAACGUGUCUGCAGAUUCCAUGUCUGAAUGCUGUUUGAUAAGAUUUGAUUUUAAUCAAGCCAUGAUAGUGGCAAUAAAUACGUUCAAAGAGGAAGAUUCAUGUUUACUCAGUUGAAAUAUCAAAACCUGAGUGCUCCAUGUUUAAACUUCUCACACUAAUGAGGCACUGAGUACUGGCUUGGAAAGUAUUAAUUAUCAUGUAACAUUUUGUUUUUACAUUGUAUUCAUUAUUUUCUGUGGAAUUAUUCUAGGGGUAGCUUCUGCGGGGUUUCUCAACAACACUGUAGACAAGACAUCAAAUAGGUGAAGGAUAGUUUGAAUGAUUUUGUUUGAAAUCCACCAAUCUAACAUCCAAAUAACAUUUUUAGUAAAUUUAGGAAUUAAUUGCAGUUUCAAAAUUGUCAUUACCUUAAGCAAGGAUGUAUGCAAUUUUGAGGAAGUAUAUAUUUUAGUCUUAAACUAAACCUGGAGUAAUAUCUCAAACCUCAUUACCUGGCAUUACCGCUGGCUGUCCCAACGCAAGUUAUCCUUGGAGUACUAAACAUGACUUGGUUCACAUGCUACACAUGACACUAUACCACUUUAGUGUGGUUUGUCUUGUACUGAAAUUCUUGCAAAGAGGCUAGAUUCUGUACUGGCAAAGAGGCAGGUAGAUACAAGGGAAGAACAGAUACAUGCAUCCUGUCUCUGAACACAGUGAUAACAAUGGCGACCAUAUGAAAGUCAUUGUUUCAAUAACAUAAUGGCAAAUAUUAUCACUUAACUUUACUGUAAGGAUAGGCAGUAGUUAUUGUUAAACCAACACAAGAGACUAAUACACUUGGACUGUUUGUAUUCCCAUCUGCCAAAUGUUGAUUGCUUUUCAUCUCACUCAAGUUUAGAGUAAAAACAGGAAAAAUAGUUGGUCUGACCCCAGCAAUAUGUUUUGGAGUGUUUCUAUUACCACGAACUACAGUCAGUUUGACUCAAAAGCGGACCGAUGAAUUGCAAUCUAACUCGAAAACUAAUAAACAUUUAAUACUCAAUGAAAUGCUGAUCAUAAUCAAAACAUCAG